AUAUAUUUUCAAAUAAAAUGAAUAAAUAAUACAUACCAGCAAAAGCAUAAGAGAAAAUAUUUGCUUUAAUUUUGAAAAGACCUGAAAAUUUAAAUUGUGCUGAUUGUUCAACAAAAGGACCUAGAUGGGUGAGUUUAGAUUAUGGAGUUUUCAUUUGUAUGGAUUGUGCAGGUUUAAUUUAAUAUAAAGUUUUUAGGUGCUCAUCGAACAUUAGGUCCUAGUGUUACUAGAGUAAGAUCUACAAAUAUUGAUGGUUGGUAUUAAGAAAAUAUAGAUAUUAUGGAAUCUAUAGGAAAUGGCACAGCAAAUUCAUAUUGGGAAAAUAAAAUGCCAAAAGAUUUUAUGUAAAUGAUUAAAUUUAUAUAUACUAUAGUAAACCUACAAUCAAUACUGGUUUAGAUUCAUUAAUUCGAUUUGUUUAAGAAAAAUAUGUAAAGAAAAGAUUCAUACCUUAAAUAAGCUGUCCUGAUCCUAAAUAAUAAUAUAUUCUUACCAAAACGUAAUUGAUAUAUUAUAUUAUUAUAAUAGAACAGUUAAACCAUUCUAUUUCAAUUAAACAGAAAUUAAAGUUGAAGAACCUAAAGUUAAAUUAGGUGAUUUAAUUGAUCUUGAUGAUGACUUCUUUGGCGUUAAAAAACCAGUUGUAGAAACAUAAGAUGUCUAAGGAUAAAAUACUCAUUAGGGUACUACUCGUUCUUUAUCACCUGAAAAGGAUUUCAUAGAAUUUAUACAAUCAACUCCUAAUACAAAUCAACCCAUUCAUUCACUACCUUCUCUAGACAUACUUACACUUUAUAAAUCAGAAUCUUAAUAAACAUAGUAGUCUUAAUAGAUUAUACCUAAUAAAAAUUCAAACUAUGCUUAUUUGUCUAAUUUAGGAAAUAAUGGAUAUUAUAAUUAAUAAACUCAUUAUUAAUAAUAACAUUUCUAUUAGUCUUAAUAAUAACCAUCCUAAUUUCAUUCUUAAUAAACAUAACAAUCACAACCACUCAAACCAAAUGGAACCAUCAAUAUUAUGGACUUAUAUUCAAAAUGA